AUCCGAGCGAAAUUGUAUCAACACGUGCAUUUAUUUACCCGAUGAAGCACUAACGCCGAGGGAUUUAUUAAAUUUAAUUAAUAAUCUCAUUAGAAAGUCACCAAAAAACCUCCUUUAAACAUCAAUUCAAGCUCAAGGAUCAAGAAAAUCAACAAGAUUUCAACAUGGCUGAUGAAGUAAAUCCAAAAGCGUAUCCUCUCGCUGAUCAAGCGCUCACCGUGAAAAUCAUGAAUUUGAUUCAACAAGCGCACAAUUACAACCAACUGCGUCGCGGAGCGAACGAGGCAACAAAAACCUUGAAUCGCGGCUUGUCGGAAUUCAUCGUAAUGGCAGCUGAUACGGAGCCUUUGGAGAUUUUGUUGCAUUUGCCACUUUUGUGCGAAGACAAGAACGUUCCGUAUGUGUUUGUGCGUUCGAAGCAAGCUUUGGGACGUGCAUGCGGCGUUUCGAGACCAAUUGUUGCAUGCUCCGUGACAGUCAACGAAGGAUCCCAAUUGAAGUCGCAAAUUGUCUCGAUCCAGCAAGAAAUUGAACGUUUAUUGGUUUAAAGCCAAAUAUUUACUCCGUAAAGUACAAGAGAUGUAUUUUUUUUUACAAAUUUAAGAAAAUUUACUUUAAGACAUUUUUCUUCAUUUUUUUCGAUAUUCGACAAGAAACCAUACUUAACAAUAGAUUUUUACUUUUAAUGAGAGAAUAAAAUUUAAAAAAAAGAGAAAA